AUGACAGACGUCAAAAACCCCCCAGCAAAAGAAGAUUCUUGGGCAUUCCAGCCAAUUGGGUCCCCUUUUCCCCCAAACCCAGUCAAGUGUUUGGGUCAACAAAACAUGUACGUAGCUCUUUGGUAUAAACACGGGAAACCAAUUCACGGAAGAGCUUGGAAUAACGGUGGAGUCGUUGAAUGCUCAUUCCCUUAUAAUAAGACAGAGCUAAAAACAAAAGAACAACUCGAAGGCCAAAUACAGAUUCUUCAAUAUGAAGGAGAUCAUAACACUCAAGGAUAUUGGUACGAAUGGGUAUUGUAUAAGAAUCGUUUUGAAAAAGAAGGACGGGGAUUGCUGAAAUGUGGUGAUUCGUCGCCGAUAUUAUGGAAAGAUCGUAAAGAAGGAGUGGUGCUUGGUUAUCUUGACAACAAAACCGAAGUCGCUUACUUUUCCUGGGAAGGAAAAGUUAUUCAAAAACAAGGAGGAGAACUCAAUGAUAUGGUCAUCAUCAUGAGAAACUAUAUUGGAGGACCACCAUUCUGCGAUUGUGCUAAAUGCCCCAAAGUGAAAGCGGGUCCACCACCGCCAAGAACAAUGUUAGAUGAAUGGAUGGAUCUCCGUGUCGGAGACCCCUGGCCUCAGAAGCAGCUGGUUCAAGCUCUGAAUAAAAAGCUUGACACAAUCCCGGGAGAAAACCCUGAACAGUUUGUGGCUCUCUGGUAUAUGGCUGGAGAACCUGUCAUGGGACGUGUAUGGAACGAAAAUGGAUGUGUGGCUGCCUGCUUUGCUUGGAUGAACAAGGAGUAUAGACAAAAUGUGGGAUCAAUACAAAUACUCAUCAAUCUGCCUGAUCAUGUCAGAGGUUUCGACUAUGAAUGGAUCAAGUUCAAAGAGGCUUCUGUCUUCACAGAAAAAGUAUGGCAUCCUGUGCAUGUCAACAACGUCAAAGGUGACAUUUCCCCAGCUGUCUUAUCAUUCAAUGGGAAGCAAAUUCUUGGAAAAUGUGAUGUUCGCAAUGAGAAAGCCUCAGCUGGUUUCGAGGGUGCUGAGAACGUUCAGCUAGGAGGAAACGUUGCACAAACAGUUGUUGUGUUAUGCAGAAAGGCCAAGCCAGGGUACAAAUUCGAAUGA